CCCCCCACCCUCCCUCCUUCGGCUGUUGCAAUCGCAGGAGAGAGACCAAUGGCGACCGCUGGCGGCGCGGGGGAGAACGGUGCCGGCGAGGGGGAGUUCUACCUGCGCUACUACGUGGGGCACAAGGGCAAGUUUGGCCACGAGUUCCUCGAGUUCGAGUUCCGCCCCGACGGCAAGCUCCGCUACGCCAACAACUCCAACUACAAGAACGACACCAUGAUCCGCAAGGAGGUCUUCGUCUCGCCCUCCGUCCUGCGCGAGGCCAGGCGAAUCAUCCAGGAGUCAGAGAUUAUGAAGGAGGACGACAACAACUGGCCCGAGCCCGACCGCAUCGGCAGGCAGGAGCUCGAGAUCGUCAUGGGCAACGAGCACAUCUCCUUCACCACCUCCAAGAUCGGAUCCCUCGUCGACGUCCAGACCAGCAAGGACCCAGAGGGCCUCCGCAUCUUUUACUACCUUGUCCAGGAUCUGAAGUGUUUCGUGUUUUCACUCAUCAACCUCCACUUUAAGAUCAAGCCUAUUCAGUCUUGAGGUCCAUUCUGCCACCUAAUCGUGUUAUGACACUGCAAGUGUUAGAGACAAUCCUGUACCAUGUAAGAUCCUGUGAGUUUGUGAUGACGCAUCGGCUUUGUGCGGAACACCGGGUUUGAGUUUGCCUGGGAUUGUUGUUGGAUUGUGCAAACUGCGAGUACUGGUAAUUUACGCUUUUUAGUUUUCUUUUGGGUGGAGCUUUUUGUUUUUAAUCAGUUAAUUAAGGUUGUUUUCAACCCUA